AUGCACAUUCGUCCCUAUAUAUCUUCGUUCCUUUUAUUCCCUCAAACAAAACUUUGGUCAAAUAACAAUUUUUUAAAAGGUUUUUGCAAUUCUAGUAAGAUGAUAUAUUCAUUUGAUUUUGAAGUGUUCGGCAAGGUUCAAGGUGUUUUUUUUCGAAAAUAUACAAAAUUAGAAGCAGAUAAGCUAAACAUAAGAGGAUAUGUUCAGAAUACUGAUAGAAACACAGUAGUGGUUAGAGCUGAGAGUAACAAUAAAGAAUCAUUAGAACAGUUCAAAAAUUUUUUAACACGCAUUGGUAGCCCAUCGUCAAGAAUUGAUAAAUGUGUAGUAACGAAUAGUCAAAUUGUGGACACAUACUCAAGUAACGAUUUUUUUAUAAAAAGGUAG